AUGAGUUUGUUCGUUGAUUUACGUCAAAUUAAAUCAUCAGUAACAAACCUAUCUGAAAUGGUUGACAAAAUAUCUUCAUCUGUAACUAAAGAAAAGAAACAAGACGAACGUCCAAAGAGAGAUGAAAUUCUAUACAGCAGUUCUAUGUAUAAACCAACUACCGUAGGAUUCGGUGUUCGUUUUUCCAGCCAAGAAGAUGUUUAUCAAAGCUUACCCAUGCCCUCUUCCAGGCUACGCAGUCACGUGUCGAUGCCCAAUUUAGACAAAUCAGACAAUGUGUUCGAAAAACCUUUAGUGUCACGACACGAAGGCAGAAAGAAAAUAGUGGAAAUCGACGAGGAACGAGAUGAUAAAAAUAGACCAGCAAUACAGUUAUCUACGGAAAAUCUUAGUGAGUGGGUCAUAGCCUCUAUAAUCAAACGACCGCAUUUUGAUGAUGUUGCAGAUACUCAUCCAAUGGAUUUUUUGGAAGAUUUAAAUUAUUAUAUAUCCGAAUUAAGAAUGACUGAGGAUAAAAAAUUACCAUUUAUAAUAUCGUGCUUAGAAGGAAUGCCACUCAUGUGGGCUCGAUGUUUCAGAAAUGAGUUUACAGACGUGCAAUCAUUUUGUAGUGCAUUUGAGCAAGAAUUUUGGGGCUCCGAUAGGCAAAAAGCUGUGCUAUAUGACAUGAAACUCGGGAAGUACGAUGACGGAAAUCCGCGUAUCAGUAUGUCAGAAUACUUCUUACAUAAAGUGUCUAACUAUCGGCAUUUGACGCCGCCACCUUCUGAUUUGGAAAUAGUAUACUCCCUAGCAGCUCACUUUCCUACGGCUGUAGAGUUAGAGCUUCGUCUAGCACCGAAACCUACAUUACGUGAAGCCUACCGUGUAUUGCGGCGUAGAGAGGGCGAGGCAGCAGAUUUCCUUCCAAAUUAUUUAGCAUUGCAUGAGAGCGAAGGCAACUGGACGGAGAGUGAUUGCUUGGACGCGCGUCGCAACGGCGUGCUAUGGAGUGGUCAGGCCCGCGCAUGUCGCCGGCAACCUGCUGCCAUGCCACACGUAGCAGCGGCCGCUCGCCUGGCUCGAACAGCUUGCCUCGCAGCACACGCAGGAGAACGAUGGAACUGUUCAUCCAUUGAACUCGCGCCCAAGUACACGCCUGACUUGCUCACCGGUACUCGUGAGCAAGCGUAUGUGUACGCGAUGUCAGCGGCAGCGCUGGCGUGGUCAGUUGCACGAGCCUGCGCCGCAGGAUCUUUGGCAGCGUGUUCGUGCGCGGCGCCCCCGCGCGCUCCACCGCGGCCUCCUAGACAAGCUCAAGUCACGCCUGCUGAGCCUCAUGCUAGAUUUAAAUGGGGUGGCUGUGGAGACAACUAUCAAUGGGCGGAACGAUUCGCUAAGCAAUUUUUGGAUAGUCACGAAAUAGAUGUUCGAGAAGGCAAAGUAGAUCAGUUCAUAGAAAUGGAUACGACGACUACUGAACUACCGACAACUACAACUACCCUGGAGCCAACCACAGUGCCACCGGUGGUGAUUUUAGUAGACGAUCAACCGGCACCAGCUAAUACAACUGAUGCGCCAAAAAAUCGGAGGAAAGGGCGCCGGGGGCGUAAACGGCUGCCACGAUCACCGCGACGAGGCAGGCCGACGAGAAAACGAUUCAGAUCUAGAUCUAGGUACGAUUAUGAAGACAGAGGCUCGAGAUAUCGCAAUAUAGAAUACCGAAUGGCAGCUGACGAUCCCAGAUUUGAUCCUCAAGUGGACCUGCAAACGCGACUCGAACGACUGAGGUCGCUCAUAGCUUCUGCUAAUUUGAUGAAUGGACGAUUUGGUCGCAAGGCAGUGUCAGCGGGUAUGCGCACGAAGUGCACUUGCCACGGCGUGUCGGGCUCGUGCUCGGUGCGCACGUGCUGGCGCGCGCUGCCUCCGCUGGCGCGCGUGGCGGGCGCGCUGGCGGGCGAGGCCGCGCGCGCCGCACCUCUGCGGCCUCGGCGCAGGCACACGCGCCGCGUGCGCCCCAAGCUGCGUUACGUCACGCCGAGCCCCGACUACUGCGAACCCGACCCCGCUGCUGGCUCACUCGGGACACACGGAAGGAAGUGUAACGCGAGUGUAGGGUCGGGGCCGGGCGGGUGCGGGCGGCUGUGCUGCGGGCGUGGGCGGCGCGCGCUGCGCUCGUCGCGGCUCGAGCGCUGCCACUGCCGCUACCACUGGUGCUGCCGCGUCGACUGCCAACUCUGCAGGCUCACCACCGAGGAACACUAUUGCAACUGA